CUCACACCGCCCUCACGAGCAUUUCCGACUUUAGUCGACCUUUCCCGAAAGUCUCAAGCGAAGAUCAUCGUCUUGUUACCAUUGAACAGGGAUGGAGGAACUAGCAAUCAAACUCAAUGCGGAGGGGAUUCAAAAAAGAGUGAUAAGUCCGGGCAAAGGCGACCUUCCAGUGUUUCCCGAUGGAACCAAGGUGAAGUUCCACUACCGCACCACGCUGUGUGAUGGGACGUUGCUGGACGACUCGCGAUCGAUGGGCGGGCAGAGCAGGCCCAUGGAGCUCAUCCUGGGGAAGAAGUUUAAGCUGCCGGUGUGGGAGCGCGUGAUCAUCACCAUGAGGCCGGGAGAGGUCGCGGAGUUCACCUGCGAUACGAAGCACACGGCCCUGUACCCCCUGGUCUCGCAGUCUCUUAGGAACAUCAGUGUGGGUAAGGAUCCCCUGGAGGGUCAGAGGCACUGCUGUGGGAUCGCCCAGAUCCACUCCCACCAUUCCCUGGGGCACCACGACCUGGACCACUUGCAGGCCCGUCCACAGCCCCUGGUCUUCGCCCUAGAGCUGCUGGAGGUUCUGAUUCCUGGCUCCUUCCGAUUGGACACGUGGGCGAUGACGGACGAGGAGAAGCUGGAGGCGGUGCCUCUCAUCCACGAGGAGGGGAACAAGCUGUACCGGCAGGGAGAGAUCAGUGCCGCUGCAGAGAAAUACCACAACGCCAUCGCCUGCCUGAAGAACCUGCAAAUGAAGGAGCGUCCAGGGGACGAGAGCUGGUUCCAAUUGGACCACAUGAUCACACCCCUCCUCCUGAACUACUGCCAGUGCCGGUUGAUUGAGGGCCAGUACUACGAGGUCCUGGACCACUGCUCGUCUAUAUUGUACAAGCAUGAGGACAACGUGAAGGCGUACUUCAAGCGCGGGAAGGCGCACGCGGCGGUGUGGAACGAGACGGAGGCCCGGGCCGACUUCGCCAAGGUGGUGGAGCUGGACCCCUCGCUGGCGUCGUCCGUGGCGCGCGAGCUGCGGCUGAUGGAGGAGCGCAUCCGGGAGAAGCAGAAGGAGGAGAAGGGCCGCUACAAGAGCCUGUUCAGCUACAGCGGGGGGGCCUCCACCGCCGCCACCAACGGCUGAAACCCAGACUUGACUUUCUGUCCAGAAAGAAAUGAGUACAUCUGACACUCAAGCACACAUACAUACACACAGACAACUGACUGGGCACCAGACAAAUGCUGAACAAAUAUUACUGCAAAACACUGAAAACAUUUUGAUGUGCGUCAGGGACGCGAGCGGUCAACAGAGACAAUCGAAGCGUAGAUCAGAUAAGAGCACGAGUCACUCUACCCCACCCCCACCCCCGUCACAACAGUAUGUCUGUUCCUGCCUUUAUAACCGAGGAACAGAACUGUGACUAUAACUAUCUGCAUUAUUUAUCUACAUUUAUGUUGAUAUUGUGCUUUUUUUAUCAAUUGGUGAUUAUAUUCAGGCUUGGAGACUUCGCACAUUAUCAGACUGCCAAUCAUCAUUGGCCACUUUGUAGUUUGUAGUGGACAUGGUUCAUUCAGAUUCCUCUCCUAAAAUUUCAGAAGAGACAUUCAGUUGAGAAAUGCCCCCCCUCCACCUCACUGGUUAAGGGCACACAGUAAAUGAUCAAUGAGAGGACGGUGGCCUUUGGACCCCAUAGGCCAACAAAUCUGCAACCUGCUGGCAACUCCACACUGAUUGGUCAGCCAACCGGGGGCCAUUUUUAAAGCUCUUGCGGAAAGAAAAUGGCCGAACAGAUGCUUCUUACAGGCCAAAUUACAUACGAUCACAAGCUCAGAAACUUCUUGGCCAAAGUGAAUUACCCAUCAUAAUUCCCCCAGCUGUUUCUACACACAAAUCCUUACCGCCUGUUAACAGUUGUGCCUCUAGCCAGAUACAGAUUAACUACAGGCGCCCUCAAACACGCUGAAUUUUGUUUGUAAGCCCGGUUGCAAAGCCCUGUCACAGUUUAGGUUGUUAGUCUUGGUAUCAGUAAGCCUUGAUGUAAGGUUUCUGAUUUUAAGUGAUUCAUAAACCCCCUACCCCCCCUUGAGUACUAUAGAGACAAGGAGCGAUAUUCAGUCAUGUCAUGUCAGUGUGAAGUCACGUCCAAAAAGUCUGCCAAGCCAAUUGUUCUUUUGCAUUUGUUUAGCUAUAGGUUUAGAAGAAUAUCACAAUUUGCGUGUACGCAAGCGGCUGUUGUCACUGAAACCCGCGGCAUCGCUGAACCUGAGGAGUAACGUGUUUGUGUGCUUGUGGAGUGAAGCUACAGCGCUCUGCUCUCCGAACGGGCGAAAGCCCUGCUCGUCUUGUGACCAUAAGAAGCCAAAUAAAGAGAGAAAAAUCC